AUGGAUGACUACUCGAAAGCACUUGAAUUUUACGAAAAAGCACUUAAAAUCUACGAAAAAGCUCUACCUCCGAAUCAUCCCUUAUUGGCUACUUCCUACAACAACAUCGGUGGAGUGUAUAACAACAUGGGCGACUACCCAAAAGCACUUGAAUUUUACGAAAAAUCACUUAAAAUAAGAGAAAAAGCUCUGCCUUCGAAUCAUCUCGAUUUGGCUACUUCGUACAACAACAUCGUUGUAGUGUAUAACAACAUGGGUGACUACUCGAAAGCACUUGAGUUUUACGGAAAAUCACAUAAAAUAUACGAAAAAGCUCUGCCUCCGAAUCAUCCCUUAUUGGCUACUUCCUACAACAACAUCGGUCUAGUGUAUAACAACAUGGGUGACUACUCGAAAGCACUUGAAUUUUACGAAAAAUCACUUAAAAUAAGAGAAAAAGCUCUGCCUUCGAAUCAUCCCGAUUUGGCUACUUCCUACAACAACAUCGGUUCGGUGUAUGACAAAAUGGGUGACUACUCGAAAGCACUUGAUUUUUACGAAAAAGCACUUAAAAUCUACGAAAAAGCUCUGCCUCCGAAUUAUCCCAAUUUGUCUAUUUCAUAUGGCAAUAUCGGUCAAGUGUAUAACAAUAUGGGGAAUUACUUCAAGGCACUUUCAUUUCUCGAAGAGGCGCUAGCUAUUCAACAGAAAACACUUCCGCCAUCACAUCCUCAUAUUAAAGAAACGAUUCGUAGAAUUAACAAUGUUAAAAAGGUGUAA